ACGUGCAGACGACAAAACAGGAAGCGAUUAGCAGAGAAAUAUGCCGAAGAGAAUCAGAAAGUAGCAAAAUGAAGUGUCUUCUUGUUGUAAAUAAAAUAAAUGAUGUGCUUUUUGUAGACUUUGAUGAUGAUUUCGCUGCAUAUAUCAACCGUGAAGCUGCCAAGCAAGGCUUGCAGGAGCCUGAGGACGCAGAAAAAGAUUUGUACAAUGUGGACUCCACUGUGUUUAUGCAGCUGUUUUCACCCCUGGUGCUGUCCAACUGGGCUCUAAUUGAAGAGUCUAAGAACCCAUGUACGUCAGUGACCCUAGAAAAUGGAUACAUCUUUGUGUUUAAACAGGUUGAUGACCUGCUGUUCAUUUGUAUGAAUGGGGAUGACAGGGAGACAGAAUAUGCCUUGAACAGAAAAAUUCUCAUAUUCCUAAAAUUUGUUGGGUUCAUGUUUGGACCCAUUUCAGAUGAAAUUGGCCACUCUAGGUUUGAGGACAAGAAGGCAAGAUGGAACUUUCUGAGGAGACUGCUGGACACAUACUCUAAGUUAUCAAAAGACGACCAGUGCUACCUUGUUGAGGCUGUUGAACGGCUUCAUGUGAACCAGCUUGUGAAUGAGAAGUGUAUCGAGCUGUUGGAGAAGGUGAUGAGGGAUACGGAUGACCUGCUAUCAAGGCCGGCCCAACAUUCCCUGCUCCUGGUCAACACCAAGUUGAUGGCCCUGUAUUCAGAUCGAACAGCCUCAGAGCUUCAAGCAGCUGACAUUUUAAGCAUCAUUUUACUGAUCCAAGACAUCUUUCCAUCCAGUGAGAAACUGGAAGAUCUUUUCUCACGCUCCCUGUCUAAUGUCACGUUCAACAGGAAGAGAUCACGCUCAUUCCUUCCUUCAACAGCUAGACAAGAGUCAGAUCGCAGAGAUGAAUCAAGUGAUCAGGAGGUGAGAAACUUCAGAACUAUUUACGUCAACUGUGUAGAUUCCACAGUGCUCCAACAACACCGAACAGUGAGAGGUCGCACACCCCCUGCAGGGGCUGACGAGGCAGACAAUGUCAACACAGCAGGGACUGAGACAAGCAGCGAGCAGCAGUUGCUAAGCUCUGACCAGUCACAGUCUGCCAGUAGCACAGAGGUGAAGAAAAACCCUGAACAGAUACAAGAAGUGGACAGGCAGUCUGUCAGCUCAGCAGAGGCAAAGGGUGAUCAUGACCAGAUGUCAUCAGCAGAGAUUGAAGCAGACAUUCAACAGAAGAGGGGGGCAGACCAAGGUCAGACACCAGCCAAGGACAGUCAGUCAUACUCUGACAAUACAGUGGAGGAUAAGGCAGACAGUGUGCUAGCUCAAGCAGAAGACAAUCAUUCAGGCUAUGUCAAAUCACUCGAGGUAGUGCCAACAGCUGACAUUCAGUCUCAGUCUCCCAGUAUUUCAAAAUUGAACACUGACAGUGAGCAGACUCUUACUGACACAGAAGUGCACAGUACAUCAGCAACUCCAACCCUUACUUAUACAGAGUACCCCGUCCUGUCUCCCACAGAGGGAGGGAACUUCUUCAGAUCCAGGGUAGAGUUCCAGUCUAGACAUAGUGCAAACUUGCCUUCUUCCACUCCUUCAAGUGAGGGCAAGGGCAGAUCUCGGUCUGGGACUGCUACAUCUGAUGAGCCGUCUACCAGGAACACCCAGCCAGACAGAUCACCCAUAAUAGACAGAGACUACUGGAGGCAGAUGGUGUUCCUGAGAACGCCAGCAUGUACCUUCUUCCCCCACCAGCUGCACUGUACCCAGAUCCUGCCUGGUAUUGUCCUGAUUAUCGUCAUUGAGGCUCGGCAUGGACAGAUAGCUCCCCACCUAUGCAAGAUGUUUCAUAUCAUCAAGGACCUUCUGUCUGGGGAGAAAGACAAGCUAAGCAGGGCAAGGGGGGAGAUGGUGUACGAUGUCAUGAACUCACUUCUUGUCAAAAUACAGGGGACACUCAGAAAGGUUAAGGGAGAUGUGCAACGUGUCAUGAAUGAUGUAAAGCGGAAAUGGGACAAUGAUGGUCUGAAGAACAGCCUCCUAGCUUACCUUGAGGAGGACCCGGGGGUAGAAGUAUCGACUGGACUGGAGAGGUCCCUGUCCGAGCUGAUGAAGAAGCUGAAGGACCUGUUCUCCUACUUGUACCUGUCCCCACAGACUGUCAAUGCCAGGUUCCGAGAGACUGUUCAAAUACUUAGAGACAAGAUCAGGAACGAGUUGUCUGACUAUAGACACUACCUCUCAGUCAAGGCUCAGAGGAACAUCCCAAUGACAUCAUACCUGGAUGAGUUCCCUGGACUGGUCCACUUCAUCUACAUUGACCGUCAGUCCAACCAGUUGACAGCUCCGUCCUUCAAUAUCACCCUAGAGGAGAAGGGCAAGAAGGAUGCUACAAGUCUGCUUAAAAACAAGGUGUGGAUGAUGGUGGAACAGAUGAUGGUGAAGUUGACAGAAGGGUACACGUCCAUCAUGUUCAGAGAUGGGGACUUCUACUACUCGUACUUCCUCUGGUUUGAAGAUAACACUGGAAAUCCUCUCCCAGUGCAGCUGCCCUAUAAACCAAGCCAUGAUAUGCCUCCUCCUGGAAUACUCACUGGAACAUUCUUCAGACAGCUGAUUCAGAAGUGCUUCCCAAAUUCAAUACCAGGUGCUGUGCACUGCUAUGAGCUAUACCUGAUGCAUGUAGGCCUGGUUCAUCCGCAGUACAUCGCAUCACACUGCCGCCAACUGGCUCGCAAACUUUGGGAAAUGUCUGGGGAGGCGUACACAUCCAUCAGUCUCUUGUGAUGAUUGCUGUCUAAACUAUUGAAGGAAUGCGUACUGGUGACAGCAUGAGACCAGGGUGUCAGAUCUUGAAAUGAUGACCAUCUACAGGGUUUUACCUCGGUUCACAAACAUGAGGCUCCCAAGGACCCCAAUUUAUUAGUUUUAAGGGUCCUUGCUGGCAAUACUAGGGUCCUGUGAAGUAACAGUUUAGAGAACUGUAUGCUUUGAUAAUUUCUUUAGAGUCUGGAAUGAAUCAUCGAUCAUGUGGACUGAUGGGCAGAGUGAUGCAAGUAACUACUCUGAAAAACAACCAAACUCUUAGCAAAGUCAUAGAUGUGUUGUGGGUACAAUGAAUAAUAUUCUGCGUCCCUCUGGAUGCAGUGAAUAUUUUUUCUGCAUAUAUUCUCUACAAUUAUGAAUACUGGAUGCACAUUUGCAUGUCGUAUAAAACCCUGCAUCUACAUAUCUCAUAUGAAUGGGGACUGGUGGUAGCAUCAGAUGGGGAACACUCGUAAGUUCUUGUGAUGAGAUGAUGACCAUUUAGACCACUUAGAAUGGGUACUGGCAACAGUAUUGGAAUGGGGCAUUGUGCCCUUGUGAUGGCAGCAAUCUUCGCCACUUAUAGGAAUACAUACUGGUGAUUGGCAUUACUUGGUUGUAUCGAUGACCUGGAGGUUGAGCAGGAAAUGGCGCCUCUAUUGUGUGCAGAUACACAUAUCAGUGAUAGCCAUUAUCAAGUCACCUUAUAGAAGAGGAUCCUGGUGUCCGCAUC